CUGUUGAUAUUGCAGGAGCCAAUCAGAGUUCGCGGAGUGGGCUAGCAGUUGAGUGGGAAUCAUUAAAACCAAUCAUCAUCUUUGUUUACAUUACCGGAGCCAAUCAGGACCCGGAGAGUGGGUUAAGGGAGAGCCAACACAGCGCGGCGUCACCAGUGCCUUAGUACCAGCAGCUUCCCCACCGCUCAACACCACCACCACCACCUCACCUAACUGCCUCCGUCGUUGUGCCUUGAGCUUCUACAGUGAACGUGUGCCGUGCCUUCUCUCCGUACACUGAACGUCCGACGUGCCUACAGUCCUUAAAGUGAACGUUGGUCGUGCCUUUUUGUCCUUUAUGGUAAAUGCUAGUCGGGUUUUUCCUCUGCACAGGUGAACGUCAGAGUGCCUUCUUGCUCGUAAAGUUAAGUGAGUGGUGACGUUCUAUACCUCUUUGCCUGCACAGUUACCAUUCAUCGUGCCUUCUGUAUCCGUACAUUGAACAUUCAUCGUUUCCUGCUGUCCGUACAAGUGAACGACGGUGAUGUUCCAUUCUGUGUGUAUUGAACAGUAGUCAGUAGCGAGUGGCAUACCGCUGUGCCUUUCCGAGUCGUGUUGUGUUCCGAGUCACUCAGUGUUCGUCGCUCAUAACCCACGCAAUAGUCUCACUAAGAUUCUAACUCAUCCAUUCACUUCACUCAGAGGAAACCUGAAACUCUCCCUAGACGUGUGAGGGAGGCGUGAGGGGUCCGUGAUCAGGGGGGAGUGAGAGUGAGGGAGAGGUGCUUGUGAGGUAAGGGAGUGUCGGGUGAAACAGUCGGGGUGGAGUUCCCUGCCAUGUUUCCCCCCGGUAGUGCGGGCGGGUAUGGGCAGGAGGGAGGGCAGAACCUGCUCUCGCCCUCCAUGUACACCUCACACGCCCACACCCACAUGCUCCCCUACAACUCGUACUCGGCCCAGCUCGUCCAGCCCUCCACACCCUCGCCCUCCAUGUGGCAGUCGCCCGCACACACAGCCCUGGCGCCCACAGCCCCGCCCACCGAGCAGACGUUUUCCACGCCCCUAGGCUUCAACUGUGGGCGUGAGGGGUACCUCCAGGGCGCCGGGAGCCAGAGCCUGCAGACACCCAUCAGCCCCUAUCAAGCCUACGCCCAGAUGAACCAUGGCAUGUGGCGCCACUACGACUCCAUGGGACUUCAGGGGAUCGCCAAUUACCCAGGGAGCGAGUUCUGCGCUGAGAGCCGAGAGUGUGUGAACUGUGGAGCGGUACAGACUCCCCUCUGGCGACGGGAUGCCACGGGACACUACCUCUGUAACGCCUGUGGCCUCUAUACUAAGAUGAACGGCAUCAACAGACCGCUCAUCAAGCACUCACGGAGGCUGGUCAGUGCAGGCCUGCCGGUCCAGGACGGCUUCUCCUUCCAGACAUCAGCGAGGAGGAUGGGGCUCAUGUGUUCUAACUGCGGCACCACCACCACUACUCUCUGGCGACGAAACAACGAAGGCGAGCCAGUGUGCAACGCAUGCGGCCUCUACUACAAGCUUCACGGCAUCAAUCGACCGAUACAGAUGCGGAAGGAUUCCAUUCAGAGCCGCAAGCGGAAACCCAAGAACAAGAAGACAGAGGAAGGAGAUGACAAGGAGAAGGAGAAGAAGACACAAGAUGAGAAGUCGACGAAGGAACCUGAGCGACGCCCUGCCGACCCCGCCACCCCAGUAAUCCCCAAGCCUCCCCAGCAGCCACCCCAGCAGCAACAACAACACCACCAACAGCAACCCCCACAAGCCCCCCAACCUCAGCCGCAGCCUAACCAAACAGCGGCUAUCCCCAGCACCAGCAGCCAAACGAACGUGAAGAUCAAGCAGGAGGCCCCACAUUCUACGUCAUUCUCAGCGUUGCCCAGCCCACCCUCAAGCCUCAUGACUCCGCCCGUCACACCGAGCCUUAACUGUACCUCCACCAAUGGCAUGUUUGGCCCUUACACAUCCAGCCCCUCCAACUUUACCAAAUUAAUGAUAAGCUAGGAAACACCUCACUUAUCCACCGGAGAGAGAGAGAGAGAGAGAGAGAGGAGUAACUGGGAGACCAUCACCAACUUGCGGGGGUAGUUCGAAGGGCUGUGGACGUAGAGACUGUCGGAGUUCUUUUGUUGUUGUUUUUAUUGAAGGAGCCAAAACUAGAUGACUCAGAGCGUAUAGGAAGGAAGCACUAGGACUUGGCGUGUAUAGGAAGGAAGAACUGGGACUUGGCGUGUAUAGGAAGGAAGAAUUGGGACUUGGCGUGUAUAGGAAGGAAGAACUAGGACUUGGCGUGUAUAGGAAGGAAG